AUGGCAGAGUUGCAAAAGCAGUACUCUGCAAAGCAGCAGCCCUUCAUUGAUCAGAGGACACAGAUCCUGACAAACAUCGCAGCAGCCGAGGGUGAGGAGGCCAAGGCCUCCGGCACGCCCGCCUUGCGAGGCUUCUGGAAGGAGGCGAUGAAGAAUCUCCCCGCCCUCGAGGAGCACAUUGAGGAAUGGGACGAGCCAGUGCUCGACUACUGCAAAGACAUCACCAAAGCUUGGUUGGAUGAAGCGGACAUCUCCAAGGGGUUCAAGCUGAUUUUCCAUUUCGUGGAGAACCCGUACUUCACCAACACGGAGCUGUGGAAGGAGUACCAUGUUGAAGAAGCCUCACCUUACACUGGGGAAGUCUCUGCCAAAGAGAUCAAGGCUGCCGAGAUUGACUGGAAUGCAGGGAAGAAUGUCACUGUUGAGAAGGUGGCGAAGAAGGUGAAGGGAGGAGGUUGGAGUCUCAGUUGUUCACUUGUCCUAAAUUGCUGUUUCCUGCGAGCACCUUCCGCAUCUGUUGCAAAGGCCAGCCCCAACACAAUCUCAGAUACCUGUAAUUUCAAUCGUAACAUCCAGAGGCUAGGACGCAGGAGCCAACACCCAGUGCCGUUUUCCUUGAUUGAUGGCAACUUAUCGUGA